AUGAUUCGUACGGCCUUGGUGACUGGUGCCGCUCAAGGAAUAGGACGUGCAAUUGCUAUUCGUCUUGCUAAAGAUGGUUUCAAUGUUGCUGUUAAUGAUAUAGAGGCUAAUUCCUCUAAACUUCAAAAAUUUCAGCAAGAAAUCGAACAAAUUGGUCAAAAAUCAAUCUCUAUAAUUGCUGAUGUUUCUAUAAAUGAAUCAGUCGAAAAAAUGAUGCAAGAAGUUGCACAAAAAUUAGGAAGUUUAGAUGUAUUAGUCGCAAAUGCAGGAAUUGGUGAUUCGAAAUUGCUCUUAGAUACAACUGUAGAAGAUUGGGAUAGAGUUUUUGCAGUAAACAUGCGUGGUGUAUUUCUUUGUUACAAAGAAGCAGCUAAAAUCAUGAUUAAACAAGGUACAGGAGGAAAAAUCAUUGGUGCUUGCAGUAAUGCUGGAUAUAGACCAACUCCAACGAUCGGUGCUUAUUCUGCUACAAAAUGGGGUGUACGAGGUUUAACACAAGCUGCUGCUAUAGAAUGGGCUCCAUAUAAUAUUACAGUCAAUACUUAUUGUCCAGGUAUCACGAUGACAUCGCUUGGUGAGACAUUUCUUGAAGGAUUGGCAAAUUUUCAUGGGAAGACAAAAGAUGAUGUUACUGAAGAUUUUGUCAAAGCUACUCCACUUGGUCGCAUAGGAGAUCCAGAUGAUGUCGCAAACUUAGUUUCAUUUCUUGCAAGCAAAAAUUCUGACUACAUUACUGGACAGACAAAUGAAGUUAAUGAAGUACAAGAUAUAUGGUUAAAUUUUGCGAUCAAAACAUGGAUUAUUGUUGGUAACAUUCAAUCAGGAUGUUGUCGUGUUGGUGAUCGAUGUUUAAUUAUGCCUAAUCGAACAUUUGUUGAAGUUACCAACAUUUAUGAUGAACAUAUUGAAACUGAUUCUUAUGAUUGUGGAAAAACUGUUCGCCUUAAAUUAAACAAUGUUGAAGGACAAGUUGCUAUAAUUGAACAUAAAUCGAUUAUAUGUCCAGGUUAUUCAGCUUUACUUUAUAUUCAUGAAGCUGUUGCUAAAGUUCAAUUAAAACAAUUAUUAAAAUUAAUUGAUCGUGAAACAACUGAAGAACAUCGAAGAUUUAUCAAACAAGGUCAAGUAGCAAUAGCAAGAUUGAAAUUAUCACAAUGUAGACAAGUUGUUUGUAUGGAAACAUUCAAAGAUUAUCCUUAA